AUGCCCUCCUUCCCCGCGCCCGUUGGUGGAGUCACGCUGCGCACUCAUGAUCUGGUGCCCUCGAUAGUGUUUCUGGUGGCGUAUUGCUGCCUCAUCCCAGUCAUGCUCUAUAGAAUAAUAGACAAAAAAUCCCGCACCACGAUCUUCAUUGGGACUAAUGCCUUUGUCAUAGAGAGAGUCGUACUCUUCUGUCUGCGCACAAUAGUGUCGGCGAAGGAGGGCCGGGAAUCGGACGCUGUAACGGAGUACAUGCAGGUCACGAUCGGGAUGGGGUUUGUGGCCAUUGCCCAGGAUGUCGCCAAUCUCCUGCGCUCCAUGCUCGUCAAUUCGACAUACGAAUAUCCACGCCCCGAUGCACGAGCCCCCGAACUCAUAACGCCCUCAGAAGAUGCUGGGUGGUCCUGUGGGUUGCCUUUAAGCGCCGUUCCUUCCCUCGCUCAGGAAACGAAGUUGCCGGAUAUGCCCCGUCAUCGCUUCUGGUGGCGUCGGUUCAUCGAUGCAACGACGGUGCUCUUCAUAAUCUCUAUCAUCACUGGCUUCAUUGGCAACUCGCUGCUCGUCAUCCAGCGUCAUGACCGGAACAAAACCUACAUAAAUCAAGUCUUAAGGUACAUCAGUACGGUGCUUGUGCUUUGGAUCACCGUUGCACUGGUGAUUGUUUCUGUAUGGGCGAAAUUCAAGAUGCCUCGUGUUGAUCAACGAUCCAACGGCUUCAUGAUAUAUUUGAGCAUCCUUCUCUGCAUCACCGGAAUAUAUCGGUCGUACGCAAUGAGUAAUAUCACCACGGAGCUCAGCUCGCAGGCGCCUGGAUCUCUGAACACGCCGGCUGACAAAACUACAUUCUACAUCUUUCACAUCCUCCCGGAAUGGAUGGCUGCAGCCACGCUCUUUGGCUUCCGGAUGCGCGAAAUAUUCCAAACAGGGUUAUCGGGCGACAAUCGCUGGCGAGAUGAGCGCCCCGAUGAACGCGAGGACAGGCUAGAAGAAGAGCGAGAAAAGGAAGAGAAGAAGAAGGCAAUGAUACAAGUCUCCGUAGCAUCGCGAUUUGACGACGCUGUCAAAUACUCAUAA